GUUUUCUGAAAAAAAACGAUCUCUCCCGUCUCCUGCGUUAUUUGGUAUCGAGCCUUCUUUCUUUGAGGACCAAUUUUAUCCUCCUGAAACGAACAGACUUUUUGGAACUAUUCGGGGCUAGCGGACGACCUCUGGAAGUGUUUUCAGGGUUGGCAUUAUGAACGUUACACCGAAUUAUUCCCGGAUACUCGGCUUCGUUUUGGUGAACGCCACGUCUGGAACUCCGGACUAUGGUUUCAGCAACGGGACGGAGCCGCUUUCCAGUCAGACCGCAAGCUGCAACAACUGGAAAGAAAUCCACCAUUUGAUCUUUCACCUCGCCAACAUCUGCUUCGCUAUCGGGCUGCUUAUUCCCACCACCGUUAAGAUCCACAUGAUACUGCUCCGCGGCAUGAUAAGCAUAGGCUGUGCACUCUUUAUUGCCUGGGCAGUAUUUUAUCGAUGUGCUUUAGACAUAGUGAUCUGGAACUCUCUGUUUCUUAUUCUCAACAUGAUGCAUUUAAUCUAUCUGUUGUACAAAAGGAGACCUAUAAAGCUUGAUAAGGAGCUCAAGGUACUUUACAGGAGAAUGUUUGAGCCACUUCAUGUUCCUCCUGAUUUGUUCCAAAGACUCACUGGACAGUUCUGCAGUAUCAUGACUCUUAAAAAGGAUCAAACUUAUGCAGCCGAAGAUAAAACAUCUGUCGAUGACCGACUUAGUAUCCUGCUUAAGGGAAAGAUGAAAGUUUCUUAUCGUGGGCACUUCUUGCACAACAUUUACCCCACUGCUUUCAUCGACUCACCGGAAUUCCGAUCAACUCAGUUGAACAAAGGAGAAAAAUUCCAGGUAACUAUAGUGGCUGAAGAUAACUGCAAGUUUCUGUGCUGGUCCAGGGAGAGGCUGACUUUCUUUCUGGAGACCGAGUCAUUUCUUCAGGAAGUAUUUAAGUACCUAAUAGGCAAAGAUAUCACAAACAAGCUGUAUUCCUUGAAUGAUCCAACAUUAACUGACAAAACUGCCAAAAAGAUAGAGAGACAACCGAGCCUAUGUUCCCAGCUUUCAAUGAUGAGAGUGAGAAACAGUAUGGCCAGUACAAGUGACACCGACGAUGGACUCUCACAUUUCCUACAUGGAGGUUCUACUGCUUCAUCAAUCCAAACAACUGCUGAUUCUUCAUCCUUGGCCCAAUUGCAACUAACUACAUGGUCCCGAUUCCUGAAGAUGAAAGGUCUCUGAAGAGGUCCCCAUAUUCUAGGACUUCAGGAAAAAUGAGACCCAUUGAAGAGAGUAUUGAGGAUGAUGUCUUUGAGCCGCCUUCACCAGUUGUCCACGCUGCUCCCAACUGGUCCUGAUCUGAGCGUACAAGCAUCUUACAAACAAGUUUUCUUGCUUUUAAGCAGUAAAGCAUUGACACACAGCUAGCUACAGGGACUGUGUAAUAUACACAGAGGUCCAGGAUUUGGCAUAUGUUCAUUUCCUUUUAUCACCUCAUCACUGUCUGUCACUUUCCUAACUGUUGAUUGUUAAA